GGGUGGUUUGUAUGAUUGAAUUACACAUUAAGUGUAACAACGUUGGUAUUUUUUCACUUGGUUUUACGGUGUCUUGGGUACAGUACUCUGGAGACACAUGAGCAGUAGCACGAGCUGAAACUGCAUUGGGUCGCUGCCCAUGGUGCUGAACAAUUCCCUUUCUUCUGUUCUCUGUAUUGAGAGAUGCAGUGGAGGUGCUGUCCGUGGUUCUGAUAUUUAAUUCAGACAACAUGACAACAUAAACAGGUAUCAUGUUAACAAAUGUUCUAAACUAAAUAUUUCACAAAUACAUUUUGUUCUAUGAGCAGUCUACCAGUCAUCAAAUAUUAACCCAUUCAUUGUAUUAAUGAAUACGGUUUAGUGUAUCUUAUAAUAAACAUAUCCCCCUAUGCUCCGAGCCAUCUUUCUGUAUGCAAAAGAGUCACUGGAUGUCGCUAUAGACCAGGCAACAAUCUUGUGUUCACCGUUUAGAAACUCCUCCUCUAUUUACCACAGAAAAGAAGACGUCAUCAUCUGGCAGGCUUUGUGAAUAUAGCGUACCGUACCCAGAAGAGAGAGCACUCUAAGCGAGAAUGGAUACAUAAAAAAAGCUAUUUUUCACGUUUCGUGGACAGGCUAAAAAGAAGAAACCAGGAUCCGUUGCUUUUUCCUCAACAACGAUGGCUACGCGGGUACAAUGGGAUAAUAUUGGGGGUCUAUUUUUCACUCUGCUUUGUCUGUGCGACUGGUCCGUGGCUCAGAUAUCGUACUCAAUUUCAGAGGAGGUGGACAAAGGGACAGCGGUGGGAAAUCUUGCUAAGGAUUUAAAUCUUAAUGUGCAGCAACUCCAUUCCGCGGGUCUUCAGAUUACCUCUGGAUACAAAAAAACGUAUUUUGACAUUAAUCAUGAAUCUGGAGUACUUUUCGUUAGCGAGAGGAUAGAUCGGGAGGAGCUUUGUCCUAAUACGGUAAAGUGCUCUUUAAAUAUAGAGGCCGUAUUGAGUAACCCUCGCAGCCUCCAUCGAAUUGAAGUUGUUAUAAAUGAUAUUAAUGACAAUGCUCCAUAUUUUCUGGAAGAAAUAACUACAAUAGAUAUGUCUGAAUCUUCAUAUGUCGGUGAACGACAUCCACUGCCGAUAGCUCAUGACGCAGAUGUAGGUGCUAAUUCGGUUAAGACUUACAAAUUGAAUCCGAAUGAUCAUUUCUCUUUGGAUAUACAAAGCAGUGGUGACCAGAGUGUGUCAGCAGAGUUAGUGCUGCAGAAAGCAUUGGAUCGAGAAAAACAGGCUGUGAUUGAACUCAUACUAACUGCGAUAGAUGGAGGACAACCUCCCAAAAUGGGGACGUUACAGAUACAAGUUAAUGUUCUGGAUGUAAACGACAAUUCACCCUUGUUCAGUAAAUCUCUUUACAAGGUCCAAGUUGUUGAAAAUGUAAAUAUUGGCGCGACGUUACUAAAACUGACAGCUACUGAUUUAGAUGACAGUGUUAAUGGUCAAAUUAUAUUCUCUUUCACAGAAAGGGGACAUUUAAACCCUGACGACACAUUUGUCCUAAAUGACGAUACGGGAGAAAUUACUGUGAAAGGUAAUAUUGAUUAUGAGGAAAACCAAGCAUACGAGAUUCGUGUUCAAGCGCGAGAUAAAGGCAAUCCUCCUCGCAACGCCCAUAGUAAGGUUUUAGUCGAAGUUAUUGAUGUCAAUGACAAUGCUCCAGAAAUCUCCGUGUCAUCACUCAUGAGUCCGGUAAGAGAGGACGCUGAAAUAGGCACAGCUGUUGCUAUGGUGACUAUCACAGAUAAAGAUGCAGGUAAAAAUGGUUUGACAAACUGUAAAAUUACAGGUUCUGUGCCAUUUAAAUUAAAAUCUAACUAUAAAAACUAUUAUUCAUUGUUGGUUGACGGGCCGCUUGACAGAGAAAGUGUUUCCCUGUAUAAUUUAUCAAUUACAGCUGCAGAUGAAGGAACCCCCUCUCUGUCGAGCACAAGCGUCAUUACUGUUCAGGUUUCUGAUGUCAACGACAAUCCUCCCGGAUUCCUGAAACCUCUGAUUAAUGUUUAUGUUAAAGAGAAUAGUCCGAUUGGAACUACAAUUCAUACACUGACGACAUUAGAUUCAGAUUUGAAUGAAAACGCAAAAGCAACGUACCACGUAAUAAAAAUUUCUCCAAAAACCACACAGAUAGCUUCAAUGAUAAACAUUAACUCAGAGACUGGAGAUAUAGUCAGCCUGCAGUCUUUUAACUAUGAGGAGUUAAAGACGUUUCAGUUUAAAGUUCAGGCCACAGACUCUGGUGUUCUCCGUCAGCAGCAAACGUGGACUGUGAACGUUUUAAUCUGGGAAAAAUGACAAUAUCCAACAAU